GGAUCGCAGCUAAGCGAGCGCGAAUGUGAUCACGUUACAGCGUUCGUCUUGUGCGCGCGCGCGCGUGUGUGUAUAUAUACAUAGUUGUGUGUACACGCACACGUGCACGCGCAUACGUGCACAGGCGUGCGUCAUCGUAUCUUUCAUAUCUCUGUGUGUGUGUGUGCACGCGGAACGGGGUAAAUAGAAUAAUAAUAAUAAGAGCAAUGCUGCAGCUGCACGCCGAGUAUGCGCGGUUUGCGGAAGAGAUCAUCUUCAAGGAUGAAACAUCAACCGUAGGUAGCGCUGAAAGUGCGUCCCCCUCCCCCCUGCUGUUCCGAUGCUUCGACGUGAGAUUCCAGUCACGCAGGUCGGCCGAUAGGCUGACUUGGCUGGCUAACUGGCUGGGUAACUAACUGGCUGGCAGGCUGGAUAGCUGGCUAGCCAACUGACCGUGCAAGUGGCUGGUUGACUGGCGAAUUGGUUGACUGGCUGGCUAACUGGCUGGUAAACUCCUUUACUGGCCGGCGAAUUUCGCCGCUAAACGAAUGUGCUGGUUGGUUCGCUGGCUGGCUGAGCAGCCGGUUAACCUGACAGGCGAGUUGACUCGCCAAUUUGGCUGGCUGGCCGAACUGGCUGGCUCGACAUCGUUGAAGAUUUUUUUGGAAGGUCACUUGCUUCGACUCUCAAUAGACGAGGUCAACUGCUGCCGCUUUGCGGCGGUUGUCAAGAGCGAGUGCCCCGCUUCUCUAUGGCAUUUGGGAAGAACGCCGAGUGGAUAUUCAGAUCACCAAGAGAGUAUAUAACCACCACGACCCCUCCUCCUCCUCCUCUUCCUCCUCCUUGGAAAACCGAGCUGCGUUUUGCGCGCGGUCCGGUUCCAGCUCGCCUGAUGUGGUAAGUCGAGCAACUUAGGCGCGUCUGAGCCGGGACCGGAGCGCGUCCCGGGACCCUGCUAUUACGCGGUCGCGUGAACGCGGCAAAGAAGUUGUUCGAUUGAAUCCGCCUAAAAGUCCGAAGUGGUUCUAAUCGAGAGAAGUGGUGAACGUGGCGGGGGGGGGGGGGGGCUGUGGCUGGGGACCAAAUGGAUGGCAACUGGACCACCUGGGGUGCCGACGACUCCAACGACACGUGGCCACUCGCCGAGCCGCGGCGGCGUUACUCGGUGUUCACCAUCCUGACGCUCACCCUGCUGGCGAUGCUCAUCGCGGCAACGUUCGUGUGGAACUGCCUCGUCAUCGUCACCAUCCUGCGCGUGAAGACCUUCCACCGCGUGCCGCACAACCUCGUGGCGUCGCUCGCCGUCUCCGACCUCCUCGUCGCCGCCCUCGUCAUGCCCCUGGGCCUCGUCAAAGAGCUCCAGGGCAGGCGCUGGAUGCUGGGGCCGCUCCUCUGCUACGUGUGGGUGUCGUGCGACGUCCUCUGCUGCACGGCGAGCAUCUGGAACGUGACCGCCAUCGCCCUCGACAGGUACUGGUCCAUCAGCCGCCACCUGCAGUACACGCUCAAGGGCAGGCGGCGCGCCUCCACGCUCAUGAUAUCCACGGCGUGGUUUCUGUCGGCCAUCAUCUCGCUGUCGCCCCUCUUCGGCUGGGGCAAUGACUACUACUCGCCCGAGCUGCUCGAGUGCCACGUGAGCCACCAGCCGUCGUACGCCGUCUUCUCGACGGUGGGAGCCUUUUACCUCCCCCUGUGCGUGGUGCUCUUCGUCUACUGGAAGAUCUACAAGGCGGCGAGGCUGGGCGUGGUGGGCAAGCGGCAGCAGCGAAACGCCGUCACGCCGAUGCUUCCCCAGCAGGAGGAGGUGAUCAUGGCCAAGCAAUCGUCGUCGCACGAGGCCCGAGUGGCGUUCGCCGCGCGCCACGCGGCGGUCUCCUUCCAGGCGGCCGAAGGCGACACGUGGCGAGAGCACAAAGAGAAGCGAGCCGCGCUCAUGGUCGGCAUCCUCAUCGGGGUGUUCGCCCUCUGCUGGAUUCCCUUCUUCCUGAGCGAGCUCGCGGCGCCGCUCUGUCUCUGCGCGCCUCCUCCGCUGUGGCAGAGCGUCUUCCUGUGGCUCGGCUACUCCAACUCGUUCUUCAACCCGCUCAUCUACACCGCCUUCAACAAGAACUACAACAACGCGCUCAGGAAUCUCGUGCCGUGCGCGCAGCGCUGAUGCGCGCGCGGUGGGUGGGGAGGAGGAGGAGAGGGUCGAAAAGAGGAUGAA